AUGACAUCUUCCUCACAUUUCUACCACACAAACUCGCUCAUUCACUGCUCGCAGAAGCACAACGGCUGUGCUGGAGCUGCGAUGGUGACAACGCGCCGACGAUCCCAGACGAUUGAGCCUCCUGCAUUACUGCCCGUCGCCGCACCGAAACGCAAGCGCAAGAACGAUGCCGCAUCUGCCUCAAGCGCAGCACAGCCACCAAAGCAGCCUCCGUCAAAGCGUCGAAGAAACGAGAGAGGCUCUGCGAAUAGGGAUAGACCAACCGCGCCGACAGCGUCUACGCCGACAAGACCAGCACCGAAGAAGGCCAGGUUAUCGAGGAAGGAGAGGAUCUCAAAUCACAAUUCACAACAGCAAGGAGAAGAUGAAGGAGUGAAGAAUAAUCGGCCCAAGACAGGUGGCACAAGCUUCGCUGGUUCGAGACAUCAUGCGCACUUGGACUUGACAAACGACCAUGAAUCAAGUGAAGACGAGACGGUACGGCGGCCCUGUCCUACAGCUUCUCAAGAUGCAGACGAUGAUGCCGACUCGCGAUACGCAUUGGACUCGAAGCGCAAGGGUAGGACAAAGAAGCCAGUAGCAGCGACUGCACGGCGGACAGCAGAGCUCAAAUUCGAAGAGGAUGGCUUAGAGGAAGUUGAUAAAGCCGAAGCAGCUGUUGCCGAUGCGAGGAGACAGACGUUCGCUCAAGUCAGUAAGCGUAGUCCCUUGACUUCCACUCUGGUCAACAAUGGCGUCUCAGGCAGAUCGGGCGAGGACCACACACCUCAAGUGAACAAGAAACGGCAGGACAAGGCGCAACGGAAGACUGCCCCACCAACGGGUGUACCCUCCAAAAUCGUCAUGUUCACGGUUGUCGAAGCUAUUGAGGCUCUGUCGUUGUAUCAAGAGGGCACCAUGUCCGUUCCUGUGAAGGUCGAUCCUCACUCGCGCCGGCCCUACGAACCUCUCCAAACAGGAGAAUACUUCUCCUAUCCAGUAAAGGGCACGUAUCACCUAGGAUCCACUGGGCGAUAUGGUGUUGAUACCGUACCGCCACUUCCCUUCUCGUUGACUGUGCCAUUGUCUGAGCACUCUUUCAUCCACCGCACUCAAGAAGCAUCCGCUACAUCAACCACUAGACGUGGUCUCGGCUUCGAUAGCGCUCUCACAAGCCAGCCUAAAGCUACACCUGUACGACGCCCAAACAACUACUGUUUCACCUUUGGUAAAUACAAAGGUCGCCGUAUGGACGGCGUGCCUGUCGAGUAUCUCCGCUCCAUCCGCGAUGGCGACGAAUACUACAACGACAGAAAGCUACAGCAAGCCUUCGAAGACCUGUACCCCAAGGGUCUGUACGAGUCCGAAGCCGAGAGCUACACGUUCGAAAAAGGGGGGUUCAAAGGUAAGAGACUCGAUGAGGUACCUAAGACGUAUCUCUGGGGCUUGCUGAGGAAGGCGAAAGAAGACCAACUGCCGAAGAAGGGAAAGGGCAGGCUGGAAAGGGCAUUGGAGGUCUGGGAAAAGGGGCAGUUGGAUCUUACCAAGGACUGA